AUGGCCACCACCAAGAAGACUACGCUGCAUGAAACACCCAAGAUCUGGCUGCUUGACGAAAAGGAUAUGGUGGCGACCGCGACAGGGCGCACGGACCGAAGCGACUCGCAUCUGCACUCGACGCCAGAGUACUGUGUCGUGCUGGACAACCGGAGCUCGAUUUCUGGCUUUAGCGACAACACGGACGACGACGUGAAGAAUCCUGGAGCCGACUUUGGGGCGCUGCGACCAGGAGGGGCAUUGAAUUUGCUCGGAUUGGAAGCAUUUGGCCUUCUCAGCCAGUACGCUGGCGUCGGCAUCCUCAUGGGUGUCCUCGGCGCUCUCCAGUAUCCCGUCUUUCACGUCUACUUGCAAAUGGAAGGCUACCAAACAGCCUCAUUUUCUUUGGCAUUUUGA